AUGACUACCAGUAUCACAGACGCGCGCUUCACCCACCUCCACGCCACGCCCGAGUACAUCCUUUCUCUGCUGAUCGACGAGAAGCCCGACGCGCAGUGGGCGCACGUGAUGCCGGGGUUCGACGAGAACCUCGACGUCCCCGCGUCGCUCGAACCGCCGCGCCUCGACGCCGACGAGGUCCUCCCGUCCCAACUGCACCCGAGCUACCCGUUCGGGCGCGCGCCGAGCGGCAAGAAGGCGGCCGGCGGCAACCUGCGCGCGAUCGCGGGCAACCUGAUGCCGCAGGAAGACGGGCCGAAGUGGGGCGAGCUCAACCUCGCCCCGCUGCUGGAGCGGCCGGACGGGCGCGAGGUGCCGCCCGUCAUGGCUGGCUCGAAGCGUCCGCCGUCGCCCCCGUCUCCCUCGCUCCGUCCCGAAGCCCCGCCGCCCCGCAGCGAACAUUUGCGCCGGCACCUCGAGCGGCAGCGGCAAGCGACGCCGCCGGCGCCUGCGGACCCGUUCGACGCGCCCGUCCCGAACGAGACGUACGAAGACGACCCCGCGAACGAGCGCAUGGACGAGACGCCCGAGUAG